AUGGCGAGAUCGCGGGCUUCUAGCAGGCGGCUGCUUCUGGCGCUGUGCUUGGGCGCCGCGCUCGUGGCGACUGUGGCCGCGGGAGGCUACGGAGGCGGAGGGCACGGGGGCGGCGGGGGCGGAGGACACGGCGGCUACGGAGGCGGCGGCCACGGAGGUGGUGGUGGCGGCCAUGGAGGCGGUGGCGGUGGUCACGGGGGUGGCGGAGGUGGCCACGGAGGCGGCGGCGGUCACGGAAGCGGCGGCGGCGGUCACGGAGGCUACGGAGGCGGCGGUCACGGAGGCGGCGGCGGCGAUCACGGAGGUUAUGGAGGCGGUGGUCACGGAGGCGGUGGUGGUGGACACGGAGGCGGUGGUGGUGGACACGGCGGUGGUGGACAUGGAGGCUACGGAGGCGGUGGUCACGGAGGCGGUGGUGGUGGACACGGAGGUCACGGAGGCGGUGGUGGUGGACACGGAGGUCACGGAGGCGGCGGCGGCGGCCAUGGAGGCGGCGGCGGUGGUGGUCAUGGUGGUCACUAUGGCCGCUAAGUAUCACUCUUCCUCUCUACUAAGCCAUCUCUUACUUUCGGACAUUAAAAAUUCCCACUUCUGUACUG